CCCCAACAACACACACACACAACAGAAUCGACAUACCCCAAAAGAAAAAAAAUGAAAAAGGAAGGGAAGGGGAGAGCCGAGAGGAGAAGAGGGGAGGGAGGCGCACCGGCGUUGCUGGGCCUCGCCGCCGCCAUCGCGUCCUCACCGAGCCCUGGAGGAAAAUCGCGCCACCACAUGCAGCCAUCACCGCCGCGCCGCAUCGCUACUCCGCCGCCGUUCACGCUUCUGUCACUGUCAGAACCGCACGCCGCCGUUGGAAGCAUUUUCAUCGUCGCCGUUAAUGGAGCUUGGUGAACAGUGGGAAGACGCGCGAGGAAGGAGAAGCCUUCGCCGUCGCGCCUUGUGCUUCUAGCUUCGUCGCACCUCAUCAUCAUCAUCGCUGCCGGACCUCCGUGUCGCACCGGCGCCGCGAGUUACUAUCGAGCCACCACAAACAGGACCCGAUGCGAAGAGAGAGAACAGAGACACGAAGGAGAGGUGGAUGCGGGUCACUGUCCUCGAAGCUUCCGUCGUCACCGUGCAGAGCCGCCGCCAUCGUCAUCAUCACGGGCUGCUGCUGCUGCGCGUGUGAUCAUCGCCGCCUCUGGGUCCGUCACCAUCGAGGCUGGUCGCGGGCAGAAGAAGGAGAAGAGACCUCCGUCACUACCGAGCCAAACUCAGGAGAGAGAAGGAGCCCGCGGGAGAGGAGCUUGUUACCGCCGCUUCUGCUGCCGGAGAACACCUCUGCUGCCACUGAGAUCUGUCGCCGUCGCCGUUGCCGGAGUUCUGGUCGCCGCUGCCGUUCGAGGUGGCUGCCGCCAAACCGGUUCAGCGACCGCCGCUGUUUCAUUUUCUUAGUUCGGUUAAGAGAAAUGGUUUUGUUGACGCGUUUUGAGUUAUGGUUUCGACGAGUCGAGGUAGGGGUUUUUCUUAAAAUCUAUUUUAUAUUACAGAGUUGUGAUAAAUAGAUAUUGAUGCAAAGAGAUUUACUUCUGUGAUUAUAUUUGUCUUAUGGAUGUGAUGGUUUGUUGGACUGAAUUAUUGGGUGCUUGAUUGCGUGAGUGGUGUGUGGUUGUGGUUAAAAACCGGUUUGGAAUAUCAUUUACUUGAUUAUUAAGAAAGGUGAAUUUUAUUGGUUUUAGAGUUUACUUAGUAAUAUAAAUGAAACGAUUUUGGAAAUAAUUUGAGAUAUGAAAAUAAAUUGAUUCUGGGAGCGGUUUGAUUGUGAGUUGGUUUGAUUUUAUGAAUGAUUUAAUAUUUGAGCUGAUUCGAUUUUAAAAAGAGUUUUAUUGUUAGAAUUGGUUGAUUUGAAAAUAAUUUGACAUUGGAACUGGUUCAAUUCUGGAAAAUGUUUGAGAUUUGGAAAUGGUUGAGAAAAGGUUUGAGAGAUGUUUGGAUGGGACCC